AUGAGUGAGAAACUUGCGGCCCUUGGCCUUGCGCCUGAAGAUGAUCUUGCGCCCAGUUUUGAAUCGAGUAUCGCCGAGUCUCGCUGGGAUAUAUUCAUUGGGCAGGCCGCAUUGGUCCUCAAGAUCGACCUCGUUCCACUAGCCUGGGUGAGCGGCGAUAUAGACGAUGAGAGUCGAGCCAACUCGACCAGCCGUGUUUGGCGAAUCGCUCGAUCGGAAAACGAAGAUGAGCGCGAGGCGAGAAGUGGUCGGAAAGAAGCGUUCAGCGCCAUCUGGGUUGUCCAGUGGGUUUUGAAGUCUGUUGCUGCUCGAGUUGGGUCUGGACCCGGCUGCACCCGGGGAGUGCCCCAGCGGAGAUUGGCCCCAGCCAGCCGAGAUAUCCCCCUCGGCAUACCAGGCUGUCCAGCCCACGAAGCACCCGCCAGCAACCAUGUGGAACCAGCUCGCCACCCGCUCCCUCCUCCGCUCCGAGCCCCGUCGAUCAGCUCCAGUGCUCUCGGCCCUGCCGCCCAUCUCACCCGCCGAUGGACCAAGGAGCAGGUCAAGGACGUCUACGACAGCCCCUUGAUGGAGCUCGUCUUCCGAGCAGCUACCACCCAUCGGGCCUACCAUGACCCAAGCAAGGUCCAACUGUGCACCCUUCUCAACAUCAAGACUGGCGGCUGCACCGAAGAUUGCUCUUAUUGCGCCCAAUCUUCUCGCUAUUCGACCGGCCUCGAAGCCUCUAAGCUGAUCGACAUCGAGCCUGUCCUAGCUGAAGCGCGGAAAGCUAAGGCUAACGGAUCGACUCGCUUCUGUAUGGGCGCCGCAUGGAGAGACAUGAAUGGCCGAAAGAACGGCUUCAAGAAGAUCUUGGAGAUGGUCAAGGAAGUCAGAGCGAUGGGGAUGGAAGUGUGCACGACGCUCGGAAUGCUAUCGGCGGAGCAAGCGGCGCAACUGAAGGAAGCCGGGCUGACGGCGUACAACCACAACUUGGACACCUCGCGGGAGUACUAUGGGAAAGUGAUCACGACGCGGUCGUACGACGAGCGCCUGGAGACGCUGGCGAAUGUGCGCGACGCCGGCUUGUCGGUCUGUUCCGGCGGGAUCAUCGGGCUCGGCGAGGCCGACGAGGACCGGAUCGCCUUGAUCUGCCAGAUGAGCCAGCUCCCUGCGCCCCCCGAAUCUUUCCCCGUCAACGCUCUCGUGCCUAUCCCCGGAACCCCUCUGGGGGAGAACGAGCGCGUCAGCUUCCACGAAAUCUUGCGCACUAUCGCCACCGCUAGAAUCGUCCUCCCAACAUCGAUCGUCCGGUUCGCGGCGGGAAGAAACACCUUCAGCGAGGCCGAACAAGCGAUGUGUUUCAUGGCCGGCGCGAAUGCAAUCUUUACGGGCGAGAAGAUGUUGACGACGCCGACGUCCGGCUGGGAUGAAGACAUCUCGAUGUUCAGUCGCUGGGGCAUCACGCCCUUAGGCUCCUUCGCCGCGGACAAAUCCCAGGACGCUUCUUCUUCUUCCAGCGCCGAGACUAUCGCCGAUAGCCGCGCGAGCAGCGCCCAGGCUCCGGCGGUCCAGAUCACCGCCUGA